GUCAUGACGGAUUUUUGGUUGAUUUCUGUCCCACUGGACAAGACCAGUCUAACCAGUGUGGAAAAACUCAAACGGACCAUCAACAAAACCCAAAUGGCCUCAUGCUGGAAGUUCUCCAUCCCAGACCUCAAGGUGGGAAUCCUGGACAGUCUGCUCAGAGUGUCCGACGAUUUAUCAAAACUCGACGCGCUGACUGAAAGCCUGAUUAAAAAAACCUGCCAGUGUUUGAAGGAAGUGAUGGAGCCAUCCAGUGACAAAGUGCGGGAAAACGUUUUAGCCAACGGAGACCAAAGGACGAAUCAGAAUGCUGCCCUGUCUCCCCUGAAAGCUUACCUCACAUCACAGAAGGUGGACCUUAUUAACUAUAUGACCAAGUUUCAGUGGGACAAAGCCAAGUAUCCCACAGCUCUGCCUCUCUCCACCCUGACAGACAUCAUCAACAAGGAAGUUAUACAGGUGGAGACAGAAUUAAAAACUCGAUCGACAGCGUACAGCAGCGUAAAAGCCAACUUGGAAAGCCUUGAACACAACCAAAAUGGGAAUUUGCUGACUCGCAGUCUGAACGGUGUUAUGAAGAAAGAAGACCUGGUGGUCUCAGAGUAUCUAACAACUCUGCUGGUAGUGGUGAGCAGAGAGAGUUUCCCGCUGUGGGAGAGAAGUUAUGAAUCCUUUUCGGAGUUUGUAGUCCCACGAUCAAGCAGGAAGCUGUUUGAGGACAGAGAGGGGGCUAUCUUCUCGGUGACACUCUUCAAACGAGCUGUCUGUGAUUUCAAAGCCAAAGCUCAGCAGAGCAAGUUUGUGGUGCGAGAGUACAACUUUGAUGUGGAGGAGAAGAAGCAGCAGGAGAUUAUGAAGCUCAGAGUCCAGAAAAAGGAGCAGUAUGGAAUCUUUGUCCGCUGGCUCAAGGUGAAUUUCACUCAGGUGUUCAUUGCUUGGAUUCACUUGAAAGCAUUAAGGGUGUUUGCAGAAUCAGUGCUCAGGUAUGGAUUACCGGUGAACUAUCAGGCUUUUUUACUAGAGACUGAGAGAAAACGCUCCAAAAAACUGAAGGAGGAACUCAACUCUCUGUUUGUGCAUCUGGACCCCACUGCCACCAUGACAGACGUAAGCUGUGACAUCCCCGGACUCUGCCAGCAGGAUUACUCCUCCUACAUCUGCUUCCAUAUCAGCACCAGCAUGCUGGAGAUCAGCAAGAAGGCAGAAACGUGA